CCUCCCUCUCUUGGGGUGCAGCACUACGAUGUCGUUGGGGUCACUCAAACCCCCAAAACUGAGCCUCUACUUUAGUCAAUCCUCUUUGGCUCCAAGCAUCAUAACAACAUCUGGAAAAAAAGAAUAGAAUUUAAAGAAUUUUUAUGGAUAACGUGCAAUGUGCCUGAGCCCUUUUAAUACUGGAUUCAUUGAACGUAGAUGUAUUGGGAGACAAUAAUAACAGCCAGCAAGACCUCUGCUAAUCAAUGUUUUCUAAAGUGAAAUUCAUUGCCCUAGGGGAUUCAUGGCGUGAGGACAAAGCUGAUAUCGAUGCCCACUCGUCAACGCAAUUCAUUUACAAUGCUCAUCAGUCAUUAGCCAUUGAUCUUCAGCGUCAACGUUUACCCAUAUACAAAAGCCGUAACAGCAUCAUUUAUCUUUUAGAGAAAUUUCAAACUCUCGUACUCAUCGGUGAGACAGGAUGUGGAAAGAGCACUCAGGUGCCUCAGUAUUUACUGGAGGCAGGCUGGUGUAAAGAUGGAAAAAUCAUUGGGAUAACGGAACCGAGAAGAGUUGCUGCCACAUCUCUUGCCAGUCGAGUUGCUGAUGAACGCGGAUGUAUAUUAGGGACUGACGUUGGCUACUCUAUACGUUUCGAUGACUCCACCGAUAAUAAUACAAAAAUCAAGUACAUGACUGAAGGAAUACUGCUGCGAGAGAUGAUGGGAGAUCCCUUGCUAACUAAAUACUCGAUUAUUAUUUUGGAUGAAGUUCAUGAACGCACUUUACUAACUGACAUUAUCAUGGGCUUGCUGAAGAAAAUUUUGAAGAAACGUAAAAGUUUGCGCAUCAUUGUCUCAUCUGCGACAGUAGAUGCUGAAGAACUUCGGGAUUUUUUUAACUCGAAUACCAGAAAAUAUGGUGGCAAAGAUAGUGCAUGUAUUUUAAGUGUUGAGGGGCGUUUGUAUCCAGUGGAUAUAUUUUAUGUGACAGAUGCAGUCCCUGAUUAUGUGAAAGCUGUAGUGGAGACGGCUUUAAAGAUCCAUGAGACUGAGAAAUCCGGGGAUAUUCUAGCAUUUUUGACUGGAAUGGAUGAAGUUGAUAGGGCAGUUUCGUUGCUCCACGAACAUGGAAAACUUGUAAAUGUGGAGAAACAGAAGAUUAUGCCUCUGGCUAUGUAUGGAUCAUUAUCAAAUGCCGAUCAAUUGAAAGUCUUUUGGAGAGCCCCAAAGGAUACGAGAAAAAUUAUUGUCGCAACGAACAUUGCUGAGACCUCGAUUACCAUCUCUAACGUAGCAUAUGUCAUUGAUUGUGGUUUCGCAAAAAUACCCUGGUUUGACAUAGAGACCCAUACGAAUAGUCUUAUUAUUACCCCAAUUUCAAAGGCAUCAGCUGACCAAAGGGCUGGACGCGCUGGUCGGAUUCAAGCCGGGAAAGCUUAUAGGCUUUAUACGGAGAAAGCCUACGAGGAUUUGAGUCAAUGUACACCACCACAAAUGCAAAGAUCAGAUCUCGCACCAGCAAUUCUCCAGUUGAAGGGGUUAGGCAUUGACAAUGUCCUGCGAUUUAAUUUUCCAUCCGUACCACCGAGCAAAAAUUUAUUGGCUGGUUUUGAACUCCUUUAUGCUCUUGGAGCAAUUGAUUAUAAUGGAGUAUUAACGAACCCUGUAGGGAUAACCAUGGCUGAGGUGCCUCUAGAGCCGGUAUUUGCGAGAUGCUUAAUUGCUUCAGGAGAAAUGAAUUGCUCAGAUGAAAUAACAACUAUCCUGUCCAUGCUGCAAGUUGAAAAUGUAUUCAUUCGGCCAGGUGGAGGGCAAGCAUCGAUAAACGCCCGAAUUGCUCAUCGUAAAUUUGAAGUUGAAGAAGGUGAUUUGUUAAUGCUACUGAAUAUUUACACAGCAUAUGAGAAGAACAAAUGUCACAGCUGGUGUCAAAAGCAUUUUUUGAAUUUUAAAGCGUUGAAACGUGCCUCGGAAAUACGUACGCAAAUGCGACGUCUAAUGGAAAUAUUGAAUAUUCCAUUAAAUUCUUGUGAGGACGAUGCAACACGCCUUUUAAAAUGCAUAACCGCUGGAAUGUUUCCUAAUGCUGCUUAUCUCCACUAUACCGGAGGCUAUAAAACAUUUAGAGGUAAUGAAGAUGUGCACAUUCAUCCAAACAGCUGUUUAUACACCCUUCAACAACCGCAAUGGGUGCUAUUUUGUGAAAUUGUACAGACGAAUAAAAUUUAUAUGCGCGAGCUGACAGUAAUCCAAUCUGAGUGGCUCUUAGACUUGGCUCCUCAUUUUUAUCAGCGUACAACUUUAAAUAGUGCUUAUACAAGAAUAUAGUAAUUUAUGAAAUUACACCUAGAUACUGAAUUGUAUAAAUAAAAAUCUUUGAACAUAAACUCUCA